UGAACAAGCUGCGCAGUGCGCAUGUAUUACAGAAAAUAUGUCCGUUUUGAUAAACAUGUAGUAAAUAAAUUUAUUUCUUAUUAAUCGUCGUGUUUAAACUUUAGGAAAUAUUGCUUUUAACAUUAUAUUUAAUUUUGCAAUGUACUGGACGAUUGGUGAAUUUAUUUGAUCGUUACGAUUAGCUUCAAAUAGUGAUGGCAGAUGAUCCUAGCAGUGAAGAUUAUUCCGAUAAUGAAAAUAAUGCGGAGUUAUCUGGGGUUCUGAGUAAGUGGACAAAUUACAUACAUGGAUGGCAAGAUCGCUUUAUCGUACUCAAAAAUGGUACUCUGUCUUACUACAAAAACGAAUUAGAAGUCAAUUUUGGGUGUAGAGGUGCCUUAUCAUUGGCCAAGGCUGUAAUAAAGCCUCAUGAGUUCGAUGAAUGUCGUUUUGAUGUGUCUGUCAAUGAUUGUGUUUGGUACUUGAGGGCAUCUUCUGUUGAAGUAAAACAAAGCUGGGUUGAUGCCUUAGAAUGCUACAAGGUCGAAUCGGGAUAUGGUACAGGAUCUGAGAACAGUCUGAAAAGGCAUGGCUCCACCGUCAGUUUACAGUCGAACACAUUUAGCACAGCUUCAGGUAAUAGUUUCCACAGAUCGUCCAGGAACCUCCGGGAGAAACUUGCUGAAUUGGGGACGUUCAAAGACAUAUUAUGCCGUCAGAUAGAUACUCUACAGAAAUUUUUCGAUGGCUGUGUUGAUAAGGAAUUACAGGCCAAUAAUAAAGAAAAAAUACCCAUUAUUGACUUCAAGGGAGAGGCAAUAACGUUCAAAACUACAACUUCUGCUGUUCUUGACACGCUAGAGCAUUGCGCCGAACUAGUUAACCAAAGAGAAGAAGCGUGGAGACGUAGAUUGGAGAGGGAAACUGACCGAAGAAAAAGGGCUGAAAACUUGUCGAAAUCAUAUUUCGAGCAGAUACAGAAAUUUCAAAAAGUCCCAUACGGGCCUGAUUUAGAGGAAGGACCUCAUAGUGUUUUGGCCGACGACGAGUUCUACGAUGCCGUCGAGACCGGAUUAGACAAAAUGGAGGAAGAACGGGAAAUCAGGCAUAAAUUGAUGAACGGCACGAUGGUCCCGCCAACUCCGCCGCCAUUGUCUCCUGCGAGCACUCACAGGCUGUGGCCGGAGAUACAAAAAGUAGUUGACGAACAGGUCAACAUGGCGAAAUUGGGAGUUGGUGAGUGUGGCGCUGGCUGGCAACUAUUCGCUGAAGACGGUGAAAUGAAAAUGUACAGGAGAGAAGAAGAAGCGAAUGGUCUGGUGGUGGAUCCUUUGAAGGCAGUUCAUGUGGUUAAGGGUAUAACGGGAUUUGAACUGUGUCAUUAUUUCUUCAGUCCACAAUACAGAUAUGAUUGGGAAACUACAUUGGAACACAUGCAGGUUGUGGAGACGAUAUCAGACGAUACGAUUUUAUUCUUGCAGACGCACAAAAGGAUAUGGCCCGCUAGCCAACGGGAUGCGGUGUUCUGGUCACAUAUGCGGAGAAUGCCUAAUGAUCAGGAUACUGAAGGACCUGACCUCUGGACGGUGGUCAAUCAUUCUACAGAGUUACAGAAAUAUCCGGCCAAUACUGGAAAAUGCGUCAGGAUAUAUUUGACUGUAUGUCUGUUAUGUCAGACUUUGGUAAACCCGCCGAAAGAUGGAGGUCCAGUAACCAGAGAUGAUAUUAGCUGCAAAAUCACAUAUUGUUCAGUUGUUAAUCCAGGUGGUUGGGCACCCGCUUCUGUGUUGAGAGCUGUGUACAAAAGGGAGUAUCCCAAAUUUUUGAAAAGAUUCACGUCCUAUGUCAUUGGGAAAACGAAGGAUGAAAGGAUAAGAUUCACUGAUUAGAUUAUAAGUCUAAAAGAGAUUGAGGUUUUUACUUCAUAUAUUUUAUUUUUAUUGUUCGAUUAUCUGUAAUAAAUAUUUUAUGUUUAUACUUCAGAUGGUUAUUAUUCUUUAUAAAAUUCAGAAUUUUUUGUGUGAGCAAGUAUAUUUUUUAUAAAACUUA